GUCAAUGUAUCAUGUCACAUGUGACGUUAAGUUGUAAAGGUUUAAUUUUUAUAGGUUAGCAAAACCUACAAUUGGGAUUGUUAUUAAGUAUUUUGUUUUAGUAUCGUCAUAGCAAAAUGGAGCCAACGGAAUUCGAUUCCGCUCUAGGCGGAACAGAACUUCUGCCACAUUCGGCAAACAGCUUAAAGUUCGCUGCAUCUAGAAGUAUAGAAAUUGCAGCAAUGACCGAAAGUAUCGUUAACCCCAGUAAAACUAAGUUAAUAUUCCAAUGCUUACCGGUACAUAUGCGACGAAGAGUUAUGAGCCACAAUUGUAAACGCCUUCCACGUCGGUUACGAAAAGGUCACUUAGAACAGCUUAAAAAAAGCGGACUGCCUCCAAAACAGAAACGUCCUUCACGUAAAUACAGACGACGUGCUACAAACAUGUUAGACGAAUACAACAGGAGGCAACGGAGACAUGUUUGGUUAGAAACACACAUUUGGCAUGCAAAGAGGUUUCAUAUGAUAGAGCGAUGGGGGCAUCGGAUAGCAUACAGACCUUGUGACAAAGCCUUCAGAGCUUGCUAUAGAGCAAGCUCUGCACACUGUCUCAUUCAAGAUAUAUCAUAUUACACACCAUUUCAAAUUAAAGGAUCAAUUGAAACUAUAAAAGAUAUGUUUAGUAGCCUUACAAGUAGUCAGUGUGGGCUGGGUAUUUGUGCUAAAGCUUAUUUAAACGGGAAUAGAAAAGGAAUAAUUAAUUUAUACAUGCCAGAAUCAUAUCCAUUCAAAUUUAUAGGAAGAGUUGAAUUUAUUUGGAUCUCAAACAGUUCAAAUAAAGAGCUUUGGUUGUUUUUACACCCCUCCAUUGCAAAACAAGUGGAGUCAGUGUUAUCUGACAUUAUCAACAAACCAAAAUCAGAUGCACAUCAUGAAGAAAAUGAAGCUAACGCAAUUGCUAAAAAAAGGAAAAUAGCUACUAAAUAUUCUGAUAUACAAAUCAAAGUAAUGGCAGGAAUGUACAAUAGAUUCAGGUUAACUGGUCCCAGAAGUCAUGCUGUUUUAGUACAAACUCUAAAAUGUUUAAAAGAAAUAGGAAGCUUUAGAACAAAUGAUUGGUUACAGCACAUAGAUACAGAAAAAACACAAUUAUUUUUAAAACCAAAAUAUGAUUACUGGGAUAGUAUCAGUUCUGUGAAUUCACCAUCCCAGUUACCACCUGGAGUAGUUAUUGGAUUAGUUGUGAAAGACCCUCGGUUGAGUCGUCCAAACAAAAGAACAAAAGCACAAAACAAAGCUACACUAACUGAAACCAAGUCUUUACUGAAUAUACCACCUUAUGUAUCUUCUUCACCUAUAUGGGAUACUUCAUUGUGUGAAAUAAUAAAAGAAAAAAGGAUUACAAACAGUCAAUACAUUGAACACAUAACAAAAACACAGUUAGUACCAGGAGAAGUCUAUGAAGAUGACCCUUUUCUUCAAACCAUUCCUAUUGUCUUAAUACAAAGACCUGGAUCUCAAGACUGUAGUUACAAAAAAAUAGGCUAUGGCAGUGGAUGGGAUAUAAUCAUACCUUCAGGAUAUGGUUUACCUUUCUGGUUAACUUUUAUAAUGUUUGGAGCAAGGUCAGGAGGUCUUCGUGAGACAGAGAGCCUUGCUUUUGAAAUGGGCGACUCUUACAUGCCACCAGACUCAGAAGCAGGAGAAAUAGAAGACAAGAGAAUAGAAUUAGAGCUCAAGGAAAAAUAUUUCAAAAGACCACCCAGCAAAAGAGUGAACUAUGUCAAACUUGCAGUUCCUAGCCCUUUUAUAUGCCCUUGGAAUGUUCUUUUAAAAGAAUGGAAAAAUGUAAGAGAGGAGAAAUUAUUUGUUCUACGUGAUAGAGAUAUAUUACAUAAUUUACAGAAUUGCAUGGAAUUGAAUAAGAAAGUGUCUGAAAUGGAAAAUUCUGAUCACUGCUUGGUUCCUGUUUACAUACAAAUAAUAGGUAAAGGUAAUUUAACUAAACAUGCAAUGAUAUGUAUUCCAAAUAAAAGAGAUAUAUCUUUAUGUGAAAAACUUAUGGAGCCACAUCACGAAGAUGGAAAUACCAAAUUAAGGAAACAAAAGAGAGCAGAACAAAAAAUUUUACUAAAACGUAUGCAGAAAAAAAGAAUAAAACUACGGAAGAAAAAAACGCCUAUAAAAGAGGCAAAUGGACCAAAACCUGAGGGCAAAAAUAAACAUGAGCCAUCAGAAUAUGUUAAAGCCAUGAGAGAAUUGUGGCUUCCAUCAAAGAUAGAAGCAGUUCGUAAUGUUGGUUCUAGAGAAGUGAUGGGAUAUUUGUCACAAGGAGCAUUUAGCUAUUCAGAAGCAAAAAGUUGUGGAGUUGGCUAUGUGACCUUUAACGCUAUCACUAAACUUCUUGAAUGUGGUUUAAAUAAAGUACUUGUUCGCAAUACCACUUCAAGAAAAUACAGACUAGCAAAUAUACAAAUAAUAAAAUAGUGUGUAUUUAUAAACUUUUCGAAAAUUCUACCUUAAUUCGUUAAUUAGGACCUUCUGUCUGCCAACAAUCGUUAACCGUUACUUGUUAUAAAUAUCACAACUGAUAAAUUAAAGAACUUCUUUCAUUAAUCUUAAGUUAGAUUAAUUAAACGUCUGAAAAAUAGUGUUCUAUAAAUAUUAAUAUGGACAAGAUAUCUUUAACAUUCGAUGGCGACCGAUAGUUAACCCGGAUUAAGCCGUGGGGAACAGCUUGUUAUUUAUAAAUCCAUCAACCGUCUUUUAAGGCGCAUAGUAAAAAAUUCCCUACGCACACAAGCAUUCAUUUUGGUAGAAAAAUAAUAAGUUUUUUAUUUUU